GUCAUUCGGUGUGUGCUUGAGCUUUGCAGUCUCGCCAGGCCAGAUCAGAACGUCGCGUCCACUCGAGAAGAUCGAAUGUGUUUUUUCCGUUGUUCGUUGUCGCCGUCGUUGUCUUCGUCCGCCGUCACCGUUUCUUCUACACUUCAUUAUUGUAUUGUGUGUAUAUCUCGUGUACACAGGAGCCUGUUUUUCCCAUUUUAUAUACUUUGUUGUGCAGUUUGUUAGAACCCUACAGCCGCGGCGCACAGUGAAGUGAAUACAAAAGAAGUUUUGGGAGCAACAAUUCUUGCAGGAAUUGAAGACAGUGCGAAGGCGUUCGUUUCCGUGAUUUUGUUUGAGAAAAAAAAGUCCUGUUUCGUUGCCGUUAUGCGACAAAAACUACAGUGUAUUACAACUGUUUGAUAUAAGUUUUUUUUUCUUUGUGUUAAUUGGUUGCUUGGGAGCAGAAUAAACGCCAGAAAGUGCACACAGGACGGUUAAAAAGAACGAAAAGAAUAAUUUGUUACAGAACAACGUUGUGGAUUAAUUAUCAAUCGAGCUGGAAUCGCAAUCCGAUACGGCAGAACCUAACUAGCGAGUACAUACCUAUACUACCAGAGAUCGUUUAGUGUUUUCGUAGUGUUUGAAAACUGCAAGUAGUGUGAAAGUCAAGCAUAUACAGUAGUGAAAAAUCUGGCAACCAGUUCAUAUAUAUAUACUACACCAAAAAAAUCAAAACAAAACGUAGAAAAUCGGCAGCAAUCCUUAUACGAAAACCAACCACAAAAUAUUAGCCAAAUAAGAAAAAAUGCUGUUUGAAAGUCCCGUCGCCGCCGCAAAAAUGUUCCCAUACAGUGUGCCUCCGCCGAUACAGGGUGCUGCUGCAGUCCCAGUGCAAAAUCUAAGAUUGCAUGGAACCACUUUUAGUGCUGGAACCUUGGACGCAAGCGGCCUGCUCGAACAUGACCUACACAACGCACUGGUGCCAAUCAAAACUGCGAACCUACUCACACCGCAAGCAGCCGCCGUCGUUGCCCAUCAGAUCAGCAGAGAUCAACAGCAGCAGCAACAGCAACAGCAGCAGCAGCAAUUGCAACAGGAUCAGAAACUUCUGCCCAACAGUCAGCUCACUUUGGUUAGUAAUGUCGCGACAAAUACCUGCACCAAUAUGGCAAAGGCCAGUUCCACCAACGGCAGUUCCUCGGGACGGUCAACACCGAACAGCAGCAGUGAUCCGGCACCCGGUAAACUAUUUGUCGGCGGUCUCAGCUGGCAAACGUCGUCGGAAAAGUUGAGCGAAUACUUUGGCAUGUUUGGCAAGGUUACCGAUGUGCUGAUCAUGAAGGAUCCCAUCACACAGCGCAGCCGAGGUUUCGGAUUCAUAACCUUUCAGGAGCCAAAUAGCGUAGACAAAGUUCUCCAAGUGCCAAUCCACACGCUGGAUGGAAAGAAGAUAGAUCCGAAGCACGCAACGCCCAAAAACCGACCGAAGACACAAUCGAACAAGACGAAGAAAAUUUUUGUCGGCGGUGUCUCGCAAGAUACCUCCGCCGAUGAGGUGAAGCAAUAUUUCAGCCAGUUCGGUAAGGUCGAAGAGACAGUGAUGCUGAUGGAUCAGCAAACUAAGCGCCACCGGGGCUUUGGAUUCGUCACAUUCGAGCACGAGGAUGUGGUGGAUCGGGUGUGUGAGAUUCAUUUCCACACGAUCAAGAACAAGAAAGUUGAAUGCAAGAAGGCUCAACCGAAGGAAGCUGUGACCCCCACUGCCCAGCAAUUGUUACAGAAAAGAAUCAUCCUGGGUAAUUUAGGAUUACCCAUCGCGAAUCCUGCUGCAGCCCGCCUGGUAGGGGCUGCUCAAGCUCAAGCCCCUCUAGUAAGCCAACUGGCUAAUCCUCUGAUGGUACAAGCUCAGGCUCAGGCUGCUCAAGCAGCAGCUGCUGCUGCCGCUAUGCAGGUUCAGAAUGGAUUCGGCAAAAUGUUCACUACAUAUCCACCUACGCUGCAUAGCUUUAGGUACGCACCAUAUCCGAUGCCUUCAGCCGCUGCACAGCAUGCUGCAGCAGCUGCCUCGGCAGCAACACAGCUUACUGGUGCCCAAGCUGCUGGCCAAUCUCUUCCGCAUGCGCAGUCAAUGGCCGGAGCCACAGCUCAACAGGCACCACAGCAAGCCACGGCCACCCCUCAGCAGGCGGCUCAGGCCGCAGCCACUCAUCAUCAACUUGUCCCUGCUGGCCUUGCAGCUGGCGCCAAUCCCUACCAAGGUUACAGCUUGGCCAACGUCGACAUGUCCAGCUUCCAGAACGUGGACUGGGGUUCGAUGUACGGCAUGGGAAUAUUGUUUUCCGAGGCACACUGUUAAGUUGCAUUGAGCAAAGAGGCUAAUCCUGCUUGUGUUGAAGUUCCAAAAGUAGAAGCAGGAGCCAUUCCAACUUUAGUGUAUAAUUGGGUCUUUCACUUCCCACUUUUCCCGUCCCAAUGGUACCAGGGAACGGAGUCAAACGCGGCCCAAGGUUUCCGACUUGAGCAGGGUUGUGCCAAAGGGAAAGUGCCAGUGUGAUAUAAUUGCGGUAAUUGCGUAAGUGUGAUAAGGUCCUACCCCUCCCCGUACCUCGGUAGAUUGUACCUACCGGGGGGUAUCUUUUUAUAACGUCGAUAGUACGCGGUGUGCGUGACGUGGGGUUUUUGGACCUUUCCGAUGUACAAGACUGCCUUGUUUCCCCUAACUUGUAGUGUUGGGCACUUGAAACAUUUUAACCUGUAGUGUUUUAAGUUGUCGAAUUUAGUGUGUAAUGUGUAUUUAGGUUAGGUAGAUCCUUUUCCGUUUUUUUUUGUCUCUAGCUGUCGCUAGAGUCGCAACGAAGGCAGUAUUUCUUCAGUACUUAGGUUUUAGCUAGGACAUUUUCAAAUUCUGAUCUGUUUUGGCCGGUGUGAAGCAGGGCGGCAAACGAACGAGAGUGUGGAUUCGGGCAAGUGGAUUUCAAAUGUGUUUUGUUAUGAUUUGCCGAAAUUAUGGUUGAGUUAUGGUUUUCGUCAUUUUAGUCAACUUAAGCUUUAUAUAUAAACACAGUUCACUUUUUGCCACUCUAAUAGGAGUGAGUUUGCACUGUUACUGAAUUAUAAUCAUAAUUUAUAUUCAUGACUGCAAAGUGUUCAACUUUUCUCUGUUAAAAUCCACUCACAUUGAAAUCAGUAAAUAAUUAGACGCUCGUGAUAAUUUUUAUCUCAAAUUUUGCACGCUAUUUGUUACAUUGAUCAUUUUUAUUUUGUAAGAUAGAGUUAUUCCCGGCUUAUCUACUUCACAUCGUUUAUCAGCACGGCCUUUUGGCAGCAUUUGGAUUGUAGACUAAGAAGCCCCCCCACUGUUAGAGGGUUUCACAGUCGUAAAAAUGUGUAGAUAUUCCCGGAAGCGCAGUAUCACUUCUUUUCUGUCUGUCUGUCUUGAUAUCGAUUGCUUUCCCGUUCUUUUAGUGUUUUAUAUCCACUGCAUUCGGGUGCUGUUGAGUGCGAUACUAUCGGCUCCAGCCGCAACCGACAGGAGGAUUUGCUUCCACAGGAAACAACGGUUCUGUAUUUAAUGAUUCCGAAUUUAUAGUUUCAAUUCUCACCCUGUGAAGUAUAAGUUUGUACGGGAUUGCAUUUUUCGAAACCCGCCAAUAGGCCUAGCAAAAUAUAACAUGACUAGUACUGUUUCGAUUGUAGGAUUUAGUAGAGCAUUAUGAUUUUUUUGUACCCGUUCAAUAAACUAGCCGAGUUAGCAAACGUAGUUUUCGUCUCCUAUUUGAGAAGGUUUAAUUCAGUAUCGCAGCAAGUCAGCAUGAUUAUUUUAGUUCCAGUGGAGUUUACACUUUUUACUGAUAACCUUUUUUGACGUUCGAUUAAAUUGUUGAUGUACAUUUCUUACAGUUUUCGACAAUUGAUAGUAGUUAGUGUAUUUUAACUUGGAGUAUUGAUUGACUAAAUCCCUCUGUAUUAUGACAAUAUCCACCGUUUUAGCGUAUUAUUUAUAUAUAGAUGUUCACUCCCUAACCUAAUACUGUUACUAGGAAGACUUGUGAAGCUAAAUUGAACAUAUCCAUUAACUAUGCGUAUAAAAAAGGCUAAUCGAACAAAUAAUUCAAAGCAUUGAAAAAGAGUUAUAUAUUCCGAAUUACUGAGAUUAAUAAAGACAACGUUCUUCCAUAGGCAAGUUAAGUACAUAAGUGAUGUCAGAAAAUCAAAUUUAGCUAUACCUGAUAAAAUUAUUAGUAGGAGAAGAAAAAAAAAGAUUCGUUAGAAAAAGAUACGCAACGCGCGCACCUUUUCGGUACGCGAUGUGAUCGACAAAAGUACAUUUCAACCCGGAAAUUGCGGGUACCAAACCAACUGUUUUACACAACCUCAGUGCUGUUGCUAGUUACGUUUAGACGUCGGAAUUCGAAUUGUGGAACGUGUGCAAACUUAUAUUUCCAAGGAUCAUUCGACACGGGUAACGGCAGCAAUGAUUGAUUUUGGAUAGUUGGACCUUGAGUGCACCAAAACACAAUCUCUUUCAUCGCUGUUUGAGUCUAAAUUGAAGAUAGUCACAAGAUCCAGAUGUGGUGGGAUGAUUAAAGCUAUCGUAUAAAGUUUUCAGAUUCCUUGUUGUUUACCGGGAACUGUUGUUACUGUUUGUUAUCACGUAAAGUAACAAGUGUACAAUCACAAUUACUCACACAAAUAUGCUCAAGAAUAAUAAAACAACAAGACAGUUGCGUGGACCAAACCAAAAAAAACGCAAAAGCAAACGGUACGAGACAGAACAAUCCCAUGUAGCUGGUAACUCAAGUCUUCUCACAAUUGAAUUUAAAUCUAGCGAACAACCAACAAAACAUCAUAAAAAAAAAAACAAGAAAACAAGAGCUUUUAUGGCAAGGACAAACGUUGUGCAACCGAUCAUUACAUGAUUUAUGAAAUAACAAAUUAGAAAAGAAAAAAAAAAAAACACUGUAUGAAAAAUAUCCCAUCGAAUUUUGAAUUUUGCGGUUUUGAUCAAUUUUAAACAAAAGUAGAAAAUAAUCUAUCAGCAGAUAGGCAUGCGUGUAUAUAGAAACAAAAAAUAAAACAAUGAAUUAAAGCUAAGUGUUGGACUAAUAAAUAUCAACCCAAAUAAAACACAAUCUUUCAAAUAAUGCUACAGAAUAUUUACUCUCAUUUCGAGGGGUACAAAGCCAUACAGAAAUAAAAGACAACAAAGCAGGACUUAAUUUACUUAAGCCAAGUCAGUCAAACUAGGUAAUCCGUAUUUAAAAGCUAGCGCGCUAAGGGUUGAUCGAAACAAAAAAUACUUGUCUGAUGAUAAGCAUGCUCAACUCUAUAAAGUUGGCACUUGGACCGACAGCUUUUCUACGCACCUUUCCUCCCACAACUUCCAGCUGAAUACACAUCGAUAGUAAUCACACCACACAGAGAAGAAAAAAACAGCUUACUUUUUUCACUCGUGUUUAAUUCACACAAAUUCACGCAUACAAAAAAAAAACAAAAACCGCAAUCACGUAGACUUUCCCUCAAAUGUCGCCAACUUGUGUACGAUACGAAAUUCGAAAAAAAAUCUUAACAGAAAGUAUAACGUUCUCUCAAGCAAUCUGUUAGUAGGACAAAAGGUAAUCAACGGGAAGCUUUUAACUGUGAACAAAAAAAAAUCUACUCUUGGAAGGGCACAUCAUUAGCAGAUACGUAGUUGUUAUAUUUGUGGAAGCAAUACUUUACCGAGAGGGAAAACAAACAAAAAAAAGCGUUCAAAUGUUCCUGUUCAAUUCACCGGUUCUGGGGUAUUGCAAACGCUGACUAAAAAAAUACUCAACUUUGUUGAGAGAAGUGAUUUUCUUGGAAGGGGAAAAUUUUUAAGUCGUCCCCUACUUUUAUUUGACUACACAGUUGACGAUCUCUAUCCGCCCUCUGCAAUUUUAAAUAAUGUUUUUGUGCAUACACUGCCUACUUACCUAAACUGUACGGUAAUUUUGUUUUUAAAGGCAAAUUUUUCAAAUAAUCGUAUUCAACAGCGUUAGUUAUUGUAAAAUUUUAUCAAUAUUUCAAAACAAUCUUGAAACGUGUUUUUGAAAUCUGGAAGCCCCCCAUUAACUCCUCAUUGCAUUCAAGUUCUUUCAUAAUUUUUGAAUUGCAUCGAAGUAUAGCAUGCAAGGUUGCGGGUACAAGUGUAGUGUCUUAUUCCAGACUUGUAUGCAAUCAGUUGCCGUGAUUAUCAAGUGUCAAGUAAGUUAUUUUAUAGAUUGUAUUCGAAAUGCCUAAUUACAUUAGAACAAAUGCAAAAUGCAAAUAUAGAGCAUGAUGUAAACAAAAGUCAGCCCCAAAUCGCUCAUAUAGGAUUUUAAACUGUUUUUCAGCUAUGUGAAGAAUCGAUUUUUCAUCGAUUGUUUUUUGUCUUUUUCAUCUUUUUUCACCAUUUUUUUCUAAAUUUGGUAGAACGUUGUAUUUAUUACUACGCACGAAUAAGUCGUGGCAAAAUAAUAUCAAUUAAAAAUCCUUAAUGAAUAUGGGUAGCAAUGAGCAUAUGCAUAAAGAUUUUUUUAAAUUGGCAUGAAGGGUGGCAAAUUUUUCGUUGAAAUCAUUGUGCUGAUCAGCAUUUCAUCUUGUUCGAACUUCUCUGUUUUGUUUCGAUCCAAAAUUGUUAAUAUAUCAUACAAAAAUACCUGUCAUCAUUUUUAUUCAACUUUUUUUUUUGGAAAGUACACCUUUCGGUUCGACACCUUUCGGAGGCGGGGUCGAACAAUAAACCUUUCCCCCGGGUGGGCAGGAACGCUGAACUAAUCGACAAUACUUGAUUUCUAGAAUCGAUUGAGAAAAAAAAAACAUUACGCUACUUAACACGAAAGCAACAAAAAAUGUUUUAUUUUAUUUUACUAAAUAUGUAUAAAUUUAUACACACAUGUACACCUGAAACAAAACAGCAUACAUUUUGUCACUCGCAGAGAUCUUCAAAUAUUUUAUGUAAAAUAAUGGGCGCUGGGCAAGGCGCAAUAAAAAAACUGAUAAGCAAUAACACAUAGUUUUUAUAUUACAAAAACAAAAAAAAAACUUGUGAACAAUGCAUACAGUAUGCAUGCAGACCACUAUAGACGACAAAUUAAUAAAACAAAAAACAACUUAUUAUACACUAAACUAUACACUUAAGACAUGCGAAGCUAUCGUGGAGCGUGUUGUCAUUAUUAUAAAUCAAAUGCAGAAAAAAGGGUUGAACAGAAAAAAUAUAAGAAAACAAAUGAAACAAAAAAAAAAAAAAACAA